CAAAUUCAUAACAUAUAGUACAUUUGACAAAUUCGUAAUAUAUUGUACAUUUUACAAAUUCAUAACAUAUAAUACGAAUUGUAAUAUAAUCACACAAAUUAAUACAUACAAAACUUAAUAUUACAUACUAAAUGGAGUGUCUCGGAUUUACAUUCAGAAUAAUACGAAAUGCUCUGAGACCAGGUUGGACAAUCUGUCUUUUGCAGGAAGAUGGAAUCGAAAUAGGUAUCCCUAUUGAUCCUGGUAUACUAUAAAUCCAUACAAACUCAUCCACCGGAGACCACACUCUUUGAGAUCCUUCCUUUUACCUGACACACUGUGUGUGGACCAAGGCCAGUUAAGAGGUGAGAGAACAAAAACUCAGAAUGUACACAGCACAACUGGAACCCACAGUAAACCACUGACUGAACACAAUGUCCUUCCUCUGUGAGGGAAGAGAGAGUCAGAGAGCAUCAGUCUGACUCAUCGUCAGUGAACAUAUCCAAGACUGUCCAUCAAAACCCAGUUGUUCCUGCCGCGCUAUAUGACCAGCUCUGGCAUUGAGACCGCCAGUCCUGUGUGAGUUGGUGUGUAACAGUGUGAGUGGACGUAGCUAGGAGGAGGGAGGUCCCACUUACAGUCAGUGCCGAUCCCAAUACACCCAAGAGACUGUCAAUCACAUCAAGACCCAGCCAUUACUGACUUUACAUAACCACAUAACCAGGUCUGGCCUGGAUACAGCCAGUCCUGUGUGUGUGUGUGUGUGGAAGUAGCCCAGUGUGUGUGAGUGGGUGGAGGUAUCUAGGAGGAGGGGGUGGCCGUUGUCUUCUCAGGCCGGAUGCAGAACAUCCUCGAGCAGAACUUAGACAUGGCCACGGCUCUGCUGGCGGGAGAGAAGCUGAAGGAGCUGAUCCUGCCUGGCUCUUCCCAGGAUGAAAAGGGAGGAAUGCUGGCCGGCCUUAUGGUCCAGCUUAAAUUGGAGCUACCAUUUGACCGCGUCGUCACCAUCGGCACUGUCAUCAUACCCAUCCUGCUCGUCACUCUGGUCUUCACAAGGAACUUUGCAGAGGAGUCAAUCUACUGCUACACGCCUCACAACUUCACCCGUGACCAGGCCCUGUACGCACGAGGCUACUGCUGGACAGAGCUGCGUGACGCCGUUCCCGGGGUGGAGCCUGACCUUCGACCUUCGCUGUUUGAGCACAAGUUCCUACCUUACGCCCUGCUGGCCUUCGCCGGCAUCAUGUACAUCCCUGCUUUGGGCUGGGAGUUCAUGGCCUCCACAAGACUUACCUCCGAGCUCAACUUCCUGCUUCACGAGAUUGACAACUGCUACCACCGGGCUGCCGAGGGCCGGGCCCCUAAAAUCGAGAAGCAGAUCCAGUCCAAAGGACCAGGCAUCACGGAGAAAGAGAGACGAGAGAUCAUCGAGAAUGCAGAGAAGGAGAAGAGCCCCGAGCAGAACCUGUUUGAGAAGUACCUGGAGAGACGAGGACAGAGCAACUUUCUGGCCAAGCUGUACCUUGCGCGCCACUUGGCCAUCAUGUGCCUCAGCUCCAUCCCCAUCUCCUACCUGAGCGCCUACUGGCACCGCCAGCGCCAGAACGAGUUCAGCUGUGCCCUGGGGGAGCCUCCAGACUCCAGCAGCAUCCCUGAGCUGAGGCUCAGCGUCAACUGCAAACUGCCAGCCGUGCAGCUGCAGCGCAUUAUGGCCGCCGUAGACAUUGCCCUGCUGAGCACCAUGAACCUUGUCAUCCUGGUCAACUUGCUGCACCUGUUCGUGGUGCGGAAGUCCAACUUCGUGUUCGACAAACUGCACAAGGUGGGCAUCAAGACGCGGCGGCGCUGGCAGAAGUCUCAGUUCUGUGACAUUAACAUCUUGGCCAUGUUCUGUAAUGAGAACCGCGACCACAUCAAGUCACUCAACCGCCUUGACUUUAUCACCAAUGAGAGCGACCUCAUGUAUGACAAUGUGGUGAGGCAGCUGCUGGCAGCCCUGGCCCAGUCUAACCACGAUGCGACACCCUCUGUGAGGGACUCAGGCAUCCAGACCCUAGACCCCAACAUGGACCCCUCUCUCUUGGGAGUGGGGGAGCUGGGAGGGGAGCCGCUGGUCAUCAAACGACCACGCAAGAAGAUGAAGUGGAUCCCCAGCUCCAACCCCCUCCCCCAGCCUUUUAAGGAACCUCUGACAAUGACGCGUUUGGAGAACAGCACUAAGACUGAGAAGCCCAAACCGGUGAGGAGGAAACCAGUUGCAGAUAACUAUGUUGCUCCAUUAAGCAAGAGCACACAGUACCCACCCUCUGCCAAAGAUAUGAGCGCAAUGGAGAAAAAGCACAGUCGCAACUUUACCCUGGAUGUCCACCCAUACAUGCUGACCAUCCGUAAGCCCACCAAGGUAGAGACAGUCAGCACAGAGCCUUCGCUCCCUGACCACACCCUGGACUCUGUGUUCAUCGAGGGCACACACACCAUCGUCCAUGUUUCUGCUUCUAUCACAGAAAAGAAAGAUUGCACCCCAGAGUCCACCAACACGGUCUUCUCUACAAUGACCCUCCCCACUAGCAUCUAUCUGAACGGUGCCACUCCCAGCCCCCACCCACCCUCCCUUGCUGAAUGCCACCCUACAGAGUCCCUGAUCGAACAAGAGGAGCCCGAAGCCCAGCCUGCAGUCUUUACUCGGAUCCCUUCCCACCAGCUUCUAAGUAUGCACCAGAUACUCAGUAUGGAGGAAGAGGGGGCUGGAGGCCAGGGUGCCAGACUGACCGAGAGACCCGUGGGGGAACUAAUCGCUGCUGGGGAGUGCUGAGGAGGAGACACACAUGUUUGGGGACAUAUUUUGAGGGCGGCACACAGCAACAUAUACUCACCACUUCCAUGCCAAUCACUGUCUGCCUAUAGAAAAAAAACCUAGUCCUCCUGACCACACAGUUGUGCUGUGCUCACAAUGCACCUCUUCUAUGGUGAAGGGACUGAGUGAGGGUGCCGAUGGUGCUGAACCAUCAUUUUUUGAUAUAGAUUUAACAAGAUGCAGCAAAAGAGAGGAUACUGGUUCAAUGUGUGCUAAUCAACCCUGUCAUCUGAUGUAACUCUCUCAGCACUUGAUUUGUCCAGGAUGGGAAGCAAGGAGACUUUGUUGAAAUGCAGACAGCAUUUGUUGCUCAUAUCCUUGACUUGGAGAGGAAGCAGCUCAUAUUACAAAAGCUAGGAAAGUGAAAAGGGAAGGUGGAAUGCUUUUUUUACACACAUUUUAGUCAAGCACACCAUGUAAAAGACUGCUUUACCUACAGUUAAAUUCUGAAAACAUGUUUAUAAAAACAUUACUAUCAUUGCUUAUUGUCCCUCUAUCCAAGUAUACUGAGAGCCCAUGCAAUACGUUUAAAAAUCUGCACUGCAAUAUAUGCAAAAGAAUAUGCAAUAAUGUAUACACUUCCAACUUAGAAGACAUUUUACAUACUGUAAAUCAUCUACAGACUGUAGCCCUAUGUCGGUUGUGGUGUGCUUCACACAUAAAUGUUCAAUUAGUUAAUCAGUGUCAUUUGACCACAGAGGACAGAGGAGGCGAAGUGAGAAUGCACCUACCUUACUGAAGAUUGGGCUCAGAUGUUGCAAUCUGUAACUUUAAUUUUCCCAGUGGCACACACCUAUCCAAGAAGUGAAACAAAAACAAAUGGUUACAUUCGUUUUAGUUGCUCUUUAGUUUACAAACAAGUGCAGGGGCAGUACUUUUGAGUGGGAAUGAAAGUUACAGAUGGCAACUUUAAUGGGUUCCUCUCACACCACUAGUGCACUUAUUAUGAGAGGUUGAUUGAUCCAUCCAAUAAGGAAGUCAUAUAAUAGAUUUUCUUGUGUAAAAUACAUGUCAUAAACACCUCCACUUUAAUGAAUAUAGGCAAGAAUAUGCAUAAUAUUUUUUUGCCAACAUUUUGCAUUCAAGUUCCAUUCAUCUUCUUGCUAUGGAUCUUACAAAUGUGUUCCAACCUUGCCACCUCUCAAUGUCAGCGUUUGUCCCUAUAUGUGCCCUAAUUACUGUGAUAGUUACUCUGAACUGUUGAUCUGUCAAAGUACAGUCUUUACACCAGCACUGCAUUUCAACUGAAACCUGGACACAUUUGGGGACAUUACAGUCACCCCCAGCUGGACAUUACAGUCACCCCCAGCUGGACAUUACCGUCACCCCCAGCUGGACAUUGCAGUCACUUCUUGUGAAAGUUUUGAAGAAUAAGUGAAGUGAUACGUAGAUAAAGAAAACAUUUUACACAAUGAAAUAUACAGCAUCUGAAUGCUUUGCUUUUGACUGUACUACCAUUUCACCAUAGGCCUGCCUUGCCACGUGCCACCACAUUGAGAGCAACAACAGCACCCCAUCUCAGUAACACUUUCUCAUGGUGCUGUCUCAUUACUCACCAAAGACAAUGAGAUUAACCAAUGAAAAGUACAGUAAUGUUGUUAGUAGAAUUGUUAUCAGGAUAUAAAAGCACUUUCACCAGGCAUGACACCAUGUGAAUAUGUGAAGGAUAUGUGUAGCAAACAACCACCAUCAACCGUACGUCUGAGCAAUUGGUAGCCAAAACUGAGCAGUGAUGGCAGACCAAUCUACAACAAGCAGGUAUUUUUCAUGAACACACUAUGAGGAUUCCUCUAUGCUGUGAAUCUGUCAUCUUGGGCAAUAAAACAUGUAUAAAAGGUGCAUGUAAAAAGGAUUAGAAAGCCUAUAAUAUUACUUAACCUACCACUGAGAUAUAGGGUAAGUGUAUGUGGCAAUGUAAAGUUGACCUUCCAAUUAGAUUGAUGGUUGUGAUGUUCACAGUCUAAAAUCCACUAAAUGCAUGGUUUAGAAAACUACCUGCCUGGGUAGGCUACCUUAGAAAUAUUAUUCAGCAGAUGCAAUCUGAAGGGUGCUUGUCUGGCAAUUUUUUACAUGACAAAAAAUACAUUAAUUUCAUGAUCUGUAGUUGGCACACUAUCUCCUUGAUGUACUCACACGAAUGCAUCCAAUGCACACUAAUGCAUCCAAAGGCACUUUAAAUAUGACAUGUAGCACAAGUUUAUGAGUGUGAGCAUGUUGAUAGAGCAGCGCUCCUCCUCAUGCUUUCUUUGGGGUUGGGGACCUCUGAUUGCGGUUUUGUUCUUGAAGGCUCUGUCUUGGUAGACUGCCUACAUUCCCUGCCUGGGUACAGAUCUAGGAACAGUUUAUCCACCCCAAAUCCUAGUCCCAGUAAAACAGAGGAAAGACAGUGUAACUUGAUCCUGCUCUUUCUUAAGGUGGGUGGUGUUUCUCUGGUGAAAUAAGAGUUGUGGGGGGUUAUAAGAUGUAGACAUGAGUAAUACACUUUAAAAAAUAAAAUAAAAGUUGAACAUGAGUUCUUUCUAUACAUGUUUCUGUAAUUAAUAGCAUAUGCAUGAAAAUAGAUAUAUAAAAUACACAAUAAUAAGAACAUUUCCACCGCAAACUAUAAGUACCAGAAGGCAACGACAACAGACGAGUCACAGUCUGACUGAGUAUGGGUGAGAGCACACAGAUGGGCUAGCCUGCUAGUUUGCAUUCCUAUUUAUUAUAUUAACGUAGCUUUAAUAUUGUAAACUGAUAUACACCUGUUUACCAAGGAGUUAGCCAGCUAUCAGAUAUGCCAGCGAGUUUGUCAAAAUUGCUAAGACCCUAAAUUAAUACUGUUACUCAUUUCUGUGAGUAAAUGUGUCACUAGAAGCUAGCUAGUAAGUGUGAAACUAUUAACUAACGUGACUUGCUAGCCAGCAACAUAGAUAGCUGUCAACAAUUGUGUCAACAAACUGUUUAUGACGAUGAUGUAGCUAAUCUUGCAUGAAGUAGCUACAUGCAGUUUCGUAGCAUGAAAUAGCUAUUUUUUAGUCAUGAUGAAAGUAUGGUUGGGCGGUAUCCAGAUAUUCAUAUCGUCAUACCAUCCCGCUCUCAUACCGGGAUAUACGGUAUUACCGGCAUAGUACAGAAGGGGGUGCCAACAAACGCUAAACAGACCAGUGGGCGUUUAUUACCAGAAUGCUAAAAAAAGUAGCUCAACAAAUAGCACAUUUCGAUGGAGGCUGCUAGCUCCAAAUAUACUAAUGAGAGCCUAUAUAUGCCAUUUAUCAGAUUAAAAUAAAUGAAGAACGAAAAUAAACAAUUUGCAAAGACAGGCAAUCCAGCUUAAAGUUAUACAUAUAUAGGUAGGAGCUACCGAAUGUCAUUUUUGGUGAGUUUGGACAUUUACAAGGGAAUGUGAACGAGAUACAUUGUGCAAAUGAAUAAUGUUUAUAUGCAUGCUUGUCUGAAGGAAGAACAUUACUGGCUCUAGAGCAGCAUGUGUAGGAUACAUGCUGUGUGGAGUGUGGAGUCUGGAGUCGCUAGGGCAACGGGCCUACAUGCUCUGCUUGGAGAAGAGGGGAGAGGAGAACAGAGAGGAGAAAAAAAAUACAAGGAAAUCAAGAUAAUGGCAGCUCUACAAAUAACUUAUCCAAUGGGCUUUGACCUUCCAAACACAGCAGAAGGCUAACACAAAGCCCCUCCUCUCCCCUGUAACUAUUCCCCAGUUUGUUGCUGUAAAUUAGAAUGUGUUCACAGUCAACUUACCUGGUAAAAUAAAAAUAUAUAUAUUUAAAAAAUUAUGCUCUGCC